AUGUAUAUACAUUUUCAUCAAAAACCAUAUGUUUCAGCAGAUUAUUCUCCAUUGGAAUCCAUUCUUCUCGACUGUGGCUCUUCAGCUUUGCGAGCUUUAUCGUAUGAUGGCCGGAAUUGGACUAGUGGCAGCUCAUAUUUCAUCGCUUCUAACUCCGGUAACGGCUUCCCUGUGUCUCGAUCGUCUUCGGAAGGGACAUCUGCGCCUGAAGUUCCCUACAUGACUGCUAGGAUGUUCCACUCCAAUUUGCACAUCAGCGAACACGAAGAAGACGGUUCCCUUUAUCAGACCCAGAACUCCAUCCAUGCCCUAUGGGACAAGUUCGCCGGAGUAAACAGCGAUAAACAAUCCGAUGCCCCGGCUUCGAGUUCUCAAGCCUCAGCCCCUCCGAAUUUCAAUGCUGCAUCUGAUGAUAUACAGUCUGGCAAUAUUGUCACAUUGGCUCCAAGUGUCUUGUACUUCAAAGAAGAUACCGACAAGGAUCAUCGACGGAUUAAAACACGUGAAAAUGAUAGUAACGGAGACAAGUCGAGUGGACUUCGACGCAAAGGAAGAUCGACGGCAGAGUCCCGGUCGAAGUUCUGGAACGAGAAACCUGAAGCUGAAGUUGCUUGUGCCUAUGGAUCAUCAGAGGAUGAGGACGUUUGUCCCACAUGUCUUGAUGAGUACGAACGUGAAAAUCCACGAAUAGUUCUUCAAUGUUCCCACAGCUACCACCUCGGUAGCAUAUACGAGUGGAUGGAGAGGUCAGAAAACCGUCCAAUUUGUGGAAAGAAGAAGAUGUUUGAUGAAGCAACUUGAAAUCGGAUCACCGGAGACACACACACCGAAGAUUAACCUGAUUUUUUAAUUAGUUUUAAGGGCACAUUUCAACAAGUUUUUGGGGUUGUAGUUUGAUAAGCAAGUAUUACAGGUU